UUUCGCCGGGGCUUGCGCAGCACAGCAUAAGCAAUAAUCGGGAGUGUUUCCUUCAGGGGCGUAUAUGCACUUUAUGCUAGGCAAGUGUCCAAGCGAUUUGGUGCAUUGAAGAGCCGCUUCUUUGCCAAAGCAGCCCUGUUAGUUAUCCAGUAUCGAGGCUGGUUGGAUAUGGUGCCGCCGGCUCAGUGAACACAUCGCCUAUUCACACGCGAACCGCUCAGAGAGGGGAGCUGAACUACGCCUAAAUCACGUUCUUUUCGAAUACCGUGCACCGCUACUUUAGCCAAUCAUGACUGACGCAAAGUACUUCACGACGACCAAGAAAGGUGAAAUAUUCGAGCUGAAGAGCGAACUGAACAGCGACAAAAAAGAGAAGAAACGCGAAGCAGUCAAGAAAGUAAUCGCCUCGAUGACAGUCGGCAAGGAUGUCAGUGCCCUGUUUCCAGAUGUGGUAAACUGCAUGCAGACGGACAACCUAGAACUGAAGAAACUUGUCUACCUCUACCUGAUGAAUUAUGCUAAGAGUCAACCUGAUAUGGCUAUAAUGGCUGUGAAUACAUUUGUAAAAGACUGUGAGGACGGCAACCCCCUGAUCCGGGCGCUGGCGGUGCGCACCAUGGGUUGCAUCCGCGUGGACAAGAUUACGGAGUACCUAUGCGAACCCCUGCGGAAGUGCUUAAAAGACGAGGACCCCUACGUGCGAAAGACGGCUGCCGUGUGCGUCGCCAAGUUGCAUGACAUCAACGCCCCCCUCGUGGAGGACCAGGGCUUUUUGGAUCAGCUGCGAGAUCUUCUCUCUGAUUCCAACCCCAUGGUAGUGGCCAAUGCUGUGGCAGCGCUGUCCGAGAUGAAUGAGGCGUCGAGCAGUGGCCAGCCACUGUCCGAGAUGAGUGGGCCCACCAUCAACAAGCUGCUGACUGCACUGAACGAGUGCACCGAGUGGGGUCAAGUGUUCAUCCUUGACUCGCUGUCAAACUACUCGCCCAAGGACGAACGCGAGGCCCAGAGCAUCUGCGAGCGGGUCACUCCUCGCCUGGCACACGCCAAUGCGGCCGUGGUGCUUUCGGCGGUCAAGGUGCUGAUGAAGUUCAUGGAGAUGAUGAGCAGCGACUCUGACUUCGUCACCACCCUGACAAAGAAGCUGGCCCCUCCUCUGGUCACUUUGCUGUCCAGUGAACCAGAGGUGCAGUACGUGGCACUCAGGAACAUCAACCUCAUCGUGCAGAAAAGGCCCGACAUUCUGAAACAUGAAAUGAAGGUGUUCUUUGUCAAGUACAAUGACCCGAUAUACGUCAAGUUGGAGAAAUUGGACAUCAUGAUCCGCCUUGCAUCCCAAGCUAACAUCGCUCAAGUCCUGGCUGAGCUGAAAGAGUAUGCCACAGAAGUUGACGUGGACUUUGUGCGCAAGGCUGUGCGUGCCAUUGGCCGCUGUGCCAUCAAGGUGGAGCAGUCAGCCGAGCGGUGCGUCAGCACCCUGCUCGACCUCAUUCAAACCAAGGUUAACUAUGUUGUCCAAGAAGCCAUCGUUGUCAUCAAGGACAUCUUUAGGAAGUACCCAAACAAGUACGAAAGCAUUAUAUCCACACUGUGUGAAAACCUGGACACACUGGAUGAACCAGAAGCAAGAGCCUCGAUGAUCUGGAUCAUAGGAGAGUAUGCGGAACGCAUUGACAAUGCAGACGAGCUCCUGGAAAGUUUUCUGGAAGGAUUUCAUGAUGAGAAUACUCAGGUUCAACUUCAACUGCUUACAGCCAUAGUCAAGCUGUUUUUGAAACGACCCACUGAGACCCAAGAACUUGUGCAGCAGGUUUUAAGUCUGGCCACCCAGGACAGUGACAAUCCCGACCUGAGGGACCGGGGUUUCAUCUACUGGCGGCUGCUCUCGACAGAUCCCGCAGCAGCCAAGGAGGUGGUGCUGGCCGAAAAGCCGCUCAUCUCGGAAGAGACGGACUUGCUCGAGCCCAGCCUGCUCGAUGAGCUCAUCUGUCACAUUGGCAGUCUUGCCUCGGUCUACCACAAGCCCCCUUCGGCCUUCGUAGAGGGAUCGCGUGCCGGCCUUCGCCGCGCCCUGCCACCAAGGCACAACUCUGUGGGCUCAGCAGAAGAGGCUGGAGCAUCGGGAGGUGGGGACCAGUCGACAGUCAUCCCGAGUGCCGACAACCUGAUUGGGGACCUGCUGAGCAUGGACAUCGGAGCUCCGCCUGCUGUGCCACCUGUUGCAGCUGUGCCACCGGCUGCUGCCCCUCCAUCGGCUGCCAUGGACAUCUUUGGUGGCGGUCUGGACAGCUUGUUGGGCGAUCCUCUUGGCGGUGCGGGUGCUGCUCCUAUCCCAGCGGCGGCACCGGCUCCGCUGGGAUCCACCAACACGACCGGCCUGCUGGGUGACAUAUUUGGCCUGGGCUCCACAAGCACCUUCUACACGCCACCAAAGCAGAUCUGGCUGCCUGCAGCGCGAGGAAAAGGUUUGGAGAUUGCAGGCACCUUCACACGAAGAAAUGGCCAAAUCUUCAUGGACAUGACCUUCAGCAAUAAAGCAAUGCAGGCCAUGACUGGCUUCGCUAUUCAGUUCAACAAAAACAGCUUUGGGCUGGCCCCUGCACAGCCACUGCAGGUGCAGGCUCCCUUGCAGCCGAACUUCCCGGCAGACGCAAGCCUUCCGCUUUCUACUACUGGUCCGGUCCAGAAGAUGGAUCCCCUUACGAACUUACAGGUGGCCGUGAAGAACAACGUGGACGUCUUCUACUUCAGUUGUGUGGUUCCAUUGCACGUGUUGUAUGUGGAAGACGGACUGAUGGACAAGCGCGUGUUUUUAGCCACCUGGAAAGACAUCCCAGCCCAGAACGAGCUGCAGUUCUCGCUGGAUGCGGGCGCCCUGUCGGCCGACCAGCUGGCCCAGCGGCUGCAGCAGAACAACAUCUUCACCAUCGCCAAGCGGAACGUUGACGGCCAGGACAUGCUGUACCAGUCGCUGAAGCUCACCAAUGGCAUCUGGGUGCUGGCCGAGCUGAAGGUUCAACCGGGGAACCCCAGGAUUACUUUGUCCUUGAAGACGAGAGCGCUGGAAGUGGCACAAGGGGUGCAUCAGAUAUACGAAAUCAUCCUACACAGCUGAGAAGACUGAACGGGAAUGUUUCUCAAUGUCUUUUUUUUUUUCCUUGAUGCAGUCGAGUCUGAACUUUUUUUUUUUCUGUUGUGGCAUGUAUGCAAAGCAGAAGUGCAACAUUCCUAAGUUAUGUCACUGCGCCUGUGCGAAAGGACUGCAGAACUUAGCGUGCUUGGUUGGCAUCCAAUUCGCGUGUAGAGCUGUGAAAAUUUUUUUUUUGUAAGUCAAGUCUCUUCAUUUUGUGUACUGGACAUUCCCGACCCAACCGACGCUUUGGAUCAUAGUGUAUAGUUAAAACUUAAAAAGGCCCUUCUUUACUCAGUGGCUGCUGCAUGGCUCUUUAAUAUUUCAUUCUUGCACUAUUAAAGAAAGAGGUCUUCAGCUCAUCUUCGAUUGGAUGUGUGUGAAUAUGAAUGUUUUUGUGUUGGAAGAGUAAUCGAAGCAUCAAAGCACUAGGCGUUUAGAAAACACGACCUCUGUAGUGAGACGUUUACUUUUUUCUUUGCCGAGUCUUUCGUUGCAUUUUGCUCAUCUGUCGAGGAGUUGCGCACCACGCUUCGAGGCCUAAGGCAUAGACACUUAAGAAAACCAUUUGGCACGUGUGUGUUCUCGAACCCAAGCAAAAAACGUUUGCGUGCAUUAUGAAAUCUGGGCACAAAGCGAGAAAAGGAACGCGCGUGUGCCAAAUAAGUGAUGUGUAACCUAGUUUUUCCCUUGCCAUUUGUUCAGUUAAUACGAGGUGACAUGUUUCUAAGGCUACCGCUUGAAUUCGGUAGAUUCUCCUAGUGGUUCGGAAGUCAAAGCCGUGGUGUCGACCACGCUAAUGGAGCUUCGCUGCCGACGUUCGUAAACCUUCAUCAACUCAAUGCUGCUUUGGCUGCAAAAAUUCAACGACUGUGCCGCUCUCAACUCUAGCGGUCAACACACUUCAUUCAUGCUCUUCGGCGAUUCCCAAAUGAGUUUUGUGACAAGGCUUUUGUAUGCUGUCUUGAAAGCACCAGCGAAAGUCUAUUUCUCAGGACCUCUAACCACUGGAACCAUUGAGUGCAAAUGAAUCGCCGUCAGGUUCGUUUUGAGUGUGUUACCAUAUGCACAUAUAAGAGUGUUGAGUCGAAGAGAGUUUGUGAACAAUGUGGCUAUUGUACAUUUUAUGUGACAAUGCAAGCGCCUUUAGUGGACGUAUGUAGCAAUUGUGCACAGUUAGCAAUGCGCCGAUAGGUGUGUAGAUUUGCUUGCCAUCUAAACCAUCAGAAACGCAAGGGGAGGGAGGUACGUCAGAGUUGGGGUCUUUCGUGGACUUUUGUGACAUAUAGUGAUUUUCACUGUGAAUGAACUUAUUAAGCCUCCUCAAGUGUUGUCGACUUGGGGGAAUGCCUCUUUGCUGAGUGACGGGCACAGAAACGAGAAGAUCUGGAAACAAGGGCAUGCCGUUAAAGAAGACCACCUCUGACCGCCGCAAAUGAGCCACACCUGCCAAAAUGCUCGGACUUACCAUGUAGCACUUUGGUUAUUGGCAUGUGGAAACAUGCAGUCGGCUAUUUCAAGCAUUGUCAUUCAUUUUUUACUUAGCAUCGUACCGUUAAGGAUGUUGUAAAAGCUCCGGUGUUUCAUUGUUGGGAAAAAAUACUUUCAGCUUAUAGUAACUUUUAAAAAGUGUCGUUUGUUUUGUACAAAGUGUGCCGCGGUGAAAAUGGCGUCUGAAAUUUCGUGUUUAUUUGCUUUGUUGCCUUGCAAUGAUGCUAAGAGUGAAACGAAAGCAACAAAAAGCUAACACUAUUCCCCCUUUCCCUCAGAUGUAUAAACCGUAAGCACGUUCUUGUUUCUACUGCCGUAACCGUGGUUGUACUUUUAUGCUAAGCUUUCACGUCAAGAAGAAAAAUAUAUGUGCAUGAACAUGUUUCAAUGCCGGUGUGAAGCACAGAGUGCAUUGGCAUGUGCGUGCAUGUGUGUAGUUUAGUCUGUGGAACACCCGUGUGAAUAACUUUCGAUUUUGUGGCGAUACGUUCACAUUGUAAACACUUGCGUAAUAGAACGAAAACUGAAGUUACUCAUGCUCGGAGUACUGCGAGGAGGCCGGUCAACGUUGGUUAAUUUUUUUCAUGUUUCUAAAACAGCGCCGUGACAGUUAUGCAGUGCAUUCAGUUGUUGGCCUUUGCCAGGUGUUAUGGAAAGAGUUGGAACGUAAGCGUGGAAGUUGACUGUAAAAAAAAUAAAAGAAAUAAAACUCAUUGAAGUAUUCGUGGCUGA